AUGACCUGCAGAAGAUCUUCUAUGCCGGAGGAUGAUUGGAUGUUUGCGUGGUCGCUUGGCCGAUACUAUCCUCGAAAACAAGAGGAAUGCUGGUCUCAUCUCAACUCUCAUAAAGGGGAUAUUGAAGCGGCAGUCUCCUUUCAUCUACGUGUCAAACAAUGUCGCGUUGAUGAGGAGGAACACUGCUUAUUUGGCAGCUACAAUGUGUGCAUACCAGUCUACGUUAACUCAUCCGACCACCGCGUCCUGAUUCGAAAUCCCUUGCCGUUUAAGAUAGGAGAGGACAAUUAUCCCGGGAAUGUGGAUGAGAAACUGCGUUGUGAAGUAGCUACCUACAUCUGGAUUCGUAAGAACUGCCCAACGGUGUCUAUCCCUCAUCUGUAUGGGUUCGCAUUUCCUGAUGGACGGACUGACAAAACACGCAGACGGAAUCUAUUCAGUGACCUUGCAAACAUCAUGCUCUCACUGAGCCGCAUCAAACUCCCCCGAAUUGGAUCACUCACAAUGAACAAUGAUGGAGUCAUAAGGUUGACAAAUCGGCCACUAACACUUCGACUGCAAACGCUGGAGAACGAAGACAUUCCCACGAUCCCACGCAAUUCAACCUACGAAUCCGUGGAACCGUAUCUUUUAGAUCUACUACAAUGCCACGAUAACCGAAUCAACUACCAGCCAAAUGCCAUUCACAAUCUGACAGAUGGUCAAGAACAGCUCGCUGCAUUGACCAUGAUGCGCGGAACCCUUCAUCACUUCAUCUCUCGACAAUACCGCAACGGCCCGUUCGUACUUACUCUAUCUGACCUCCACCCCAGUAAUAUCUUCGUCGAUGAAGAGUGGCAUAUCAUCUCCCUGAUCGAUCUGGAAUGGGCAUGUUCGUUUCCGAUCGAACUACAAACACCGCCUUAUUGGCUGACUGAUGUUUUUGGCGAGCAGGAAGGUCCCGAUGAGCGUCAAGCUGAUAUUAUGAGAAAAUGCUGGGAGAGAAAGAGUUUCUAG